AUGACCACCUCUGAUCGCCCAGAGAAGAAGAGCGUCGCAGGCCCGAUUUCUCGACUAGUCAUACGUACCCUACAAUGUAUAUUCGCCAUUGUUGUGGCGGUCUUGUACGGCCUCGAUCUCCAACAUGCGACAGAUCACAAUGUCAGAGCUGGCUCAGCUUGGAUCUAUGCUGAGCUUGUGGCCGGGGUAUCCAUGAUUAUUUGCAUUGUGGACUUGCUUUUCACGACUGCUGGCUGGUACUGGUGUCUGCUCGAUGGUCUUGUCUUUGUGCUAUGGGUUGCGCAGUUUGGGACGCUUGCCUCAAUUUACCUGGGCACUGGAGACCCAGCAAAGGAUCGAGAAUUUGAGAGAUUAGUGUCUCGCGGUAGGAUGAGGGCAGCUGUAUGGAUUAAUCUUGUUACCAUGCUCUUAUGGUUUGUGACAACUACACAGGGCGUCGUAGGGUGUUGCGGUCAUCGGAGGAAGCCACAACAAAAGGUAGAUUGUAUCAAGCUAAAGGAAGAUCAUACCAAGCUAUAUUGUGUAGAUGAGGUAUAA